AUGGAAUUAAUAAGUAUUCCGUAAGCAUCAGUAUUUUAUCUGCCAGAACUAAUACUUCAUUCACUUCCAUCUGAGCCCAGCAUAAUCUGGGACAUACUUUGAUGAUAGACACUACUGGCAGCCCAUUUUCUUUCAGUGUCCAAGAUGAGGCUGUGGACAAAAGCAACUUUAAGAAAUGCAACCAGAUUGCUUUUUACAGGCGUCAGAAACUUUUAUGUCCUGGAAAAUCCCUGUAUCGAGUUUUGUUGGAUUCAGUCACAUUAAGUGAUGAGAAUGUCAAAUUCCAAAUCAUUCACGAGGAGAAUAAGGUUCUUCUACAAGUAGAAAUUUAUGAAAUAGAAGGCAAUAUUUUCAGGCUUAAGAUUGAUGAGGCAUCUCCUCUCAAAGCAAGAUACAAAGUUCCUGAUGUUCUUAUAAAGGAGCCUACCACCCAGAGACUGUUCAUAUCCCACAAGGAGGCAGGUAUUUUGGUACUGUCAAGUGUUAAUGAGGACUACAAACUUCGAGUCACAGCAAACCCCUUCCAAGUUGAGCUGCAGUCCCAGGGUGAGACUGUUAUGAGUGUGAAUUCCAAUGGUUUGUUGUAUUUUGAGCACCUACAACCACCUCCCAGUGACAGAAAACCUACAGCACAAAAUGAGGAGGCAGCAAGUCAUUCCUCUAAGGAAAGACAAGAAGAUCUAGGUCUCUGGCAAGAGAAAUUUGGCAGUUUCUUGGACAUCAAAGCUCAUGGUCCUACUUCUGUAGGCAUGGACUUCUCUUUACAUGGAUAUGACCAUGUUUAUGGAAUACCACAACACACAGAAACACUUCUUCUCAAAAACACCAGUGAUGGUGAUGCCUACCGGCUUUAUAAUUUGGAUAUUUUCGGCCACAAGAUACAUGACAAAAUAGGUAUUUAUGGUUCGGUACCCCUUCUCUUAGCACACAAGCCUAACAGAACUUCAGGGAUCUUCUGGCUGAACUCUUCAGAAACACUGGUGGAUAUUAGUACAAAGGCAGUAGCUGAGCACACUCCAUCCAGAUCUGCUGCAGAAAGUGCUAAGCAGAGAGCAGUGCCUCUAACUGAUGUUCGCUGGAUGUCAGAAAGUGGGAUCAUUGAUGUUUUCCUGCUGAUGGGACCCACUGCAUUUGAUAUCUUCAAGCAGUUUGCACAACUGACAGGCACUCAAGCCUUGCCCCCACUUUUUUCUCUGGGCUACCAUCAGUGCAGGUGGAAUUAUGAGGAUGAACAAGAUGUCAAGGCAGUGGAUGCUGGCUUUGAUGCACAUGAUAUUCCUUAUGAUGUCAUAUGGCUGGAUAUAGAGCACACAGAUGGCAAGAGGUAUUUUACUUGGGACAAAAAGAAAUUUCAGAACCCCAGAAAGAUGCAAGAACAUCUCAGGAAGAAAAAACGCAAGCUUGUGGUCAUCGUAGAUCCUCAUAUUAAGAUUGAUCCCUCAUAUGCCCUGUAUGCACAGGCAAAAGAAAAGGGAUAUUUUGUGAAAGACAGAAAUGGGCAAGAUUUUGAGGGCAUCUGUUGGCCAGGUUCCUCUUGUUACCCGGAUUUCACCAAUCCUGAAGUGCGAAAAUGGUACGCAGAUCAAUUUGCCUUCAAAACAUACAAGGGAUCCACUAAUAUCCUCUUUGUGUGGAAUGAUAUGAAUGAGCCUUCGGUCUUCAAGGGGGCAGAACUAACAAUGCAGAAAGAUGCUGUGCACUACAACAACUGGGAGCAUCGGGAAGUACACAACCUCUACGGAUUCUACCAGCAAAUGGCAACUGCAGAAGGACUCAUCAGACGUUCUUCGGGAAAAGAGAGACCGUUUGUCCUCACACGAUCUUUCUUUGCUGGAUCACAGAAGUAUGGGGCAGUGUGGACUGGAGACAACACAGCAGAGUGGAGUUACUUGAAAAUAUCCAUUCCAAUGCUUCUUACCAUCAACAUGGCAGGGAUUUCCUUCUGUGGAGCUGAUGUGGGAGGGUUUAUUGGAGAUCCAGAGCCAGAGUUACUUGUUCGCUGGUAUCAGGCGGGAGCCUACCAGCCCUUCUUCAGAGGUCACUCUAACAUGGAGAGCAAACGGCGUGAACCGUGGCUCUUUGGGGAGAAGAACACCCAGAUCAUCAGGAGAGCCAUUAGAGAGCGCUACGUCCUCCUGCCCUACUUAUACACUCUGUUCUAUCGGGCACACACGGCGGCUGAACCCGUCAUGAGGUCUCUCUGGAUAGAGUUUCCAGGGAAAAUGGAAACUUUUGAUGUGGAAAAUGAGUACAUGCUGGGAAAUGCUUUGUUGAUACAUCCGGUCACAGAGAAAGAGGCCAAGACAGUGACAGUUCUGUUUCCAGGGUCAGAGGAGAUUUGGUAUGAUUUCAGAAAAUUUAAGCGAAUGGAAGAUGCGGGCACAGUGAAGAUCCCAGUAACACUGGAGAAUAUUCCUGUAUUCCAGCGGGGGGGCACUGUGAUACCUCUGAAGACCUCAGCUGGAAAAUCCACUGAAUGGAUGAUAGAUAUUUCUUAUGAACUCCACGUGGCCUUAGAUGCAGAGGCCUGUGCCAUAGGUGAGCUCUACGUAGAUGAUGGGCAUUCAUUUCAAUAUCUCCACAAGAAGCAGUUCCUGUAUCGGAAAUUCACUUUCCACAAGAACAUUCUCUCUUCCAGCCGCGUAGAUGAAAGCGGACAAUACCACACUACAUGUGUAGUUGAACGGGUGGUAAUUCUGGGAUUUGGGAAGCAACCCACUUCUGUGACAGCCAGUGCCAAGGAUGGAAAAAAAAAAGAAGUGGUUUUCACAUAUGAUACAAAGACCUUCGCACUGACGCUGGAAAACUUAGCCCUGAGUGUUGAUGCUGACUGGGAGAUCUGUAUCAGCUGAAAGAAGAUGCAACUUCUUCAGAGAAACUGUCCAUUGAGAGGCUGAGGAGAAAUAAACUGAGAGGACUUCA